AGAUAAAUAACGAAAGAGACAAAAUGUUUUCAUUUUUUCGAGAAUAUCAAUAUUGUGCAAAGAAAAAUAAUUGAGUUGGCUGUCAAGACGUUCAUGUUUUCACCAUGGAUGUAAAUGUUAUCACUAUUUCGUGUUAUUUAAUCAAUAGAGAUACUGAUUACAUUCAAAUCAGUUAAAGUACGUCUCUGUGUUAAUAGAUCAGAUGCUACGCGGAGAGAACAAUUGAAUGAAGUGCCGAAGGAAUAUUUAUGAGAUUUUUCCUUUUAAAUUUAGUGGCGAUACUAGUCUCACCUUGAUCGGAAGACAUAAAAAUGUAUACGAAAUUCUCAAUAGUUUUAGACACUAAAAUGUAAUAAUGAAAAAUCGUAUUGAUGAUUGGUGAAUUUACAUCGAUGAAGCUAUCGGUUAACAUGAUAACGUCGAUAUCAAUUUGGAGGAAAUGGGAAACUCACGUAAAUCGAUUUGUCAUGAAAAUUACUAGUGAUAAUGCUCAGACAGUGGAAUAAUGUAAUAUAUCAUUUUUCAAGUCACUCGAAACAGACGACACUAAAAUGGUGGUAAACGAAAGUGAUGCUAUCGAGAAAAACAGAAUGUUCGAUGUUCGUUGCAGAUCGAGAAAGCUUCGGUUUUUAGUAUGUGGUCUCAUAACACCAUUAGUGUUGAUCGUUUUGGGUAUUCUCAUCAUCGCUCUAAGGACGUUAAUGUAUAAUAGUUUAAAAUCACAAGUUUUGAGCAUCAAUCCCAGUAGUGAAUCAUUCGAAAUGUUCAAAAAAACGCCAUUCGAUAUCUACUUGGACAUAUAUUUUUUCAACUGGACCAACCCGGAAAAAUUCAGUGAUCCCAGUGUUAAACCAAAGUUUGAAGAGGUGGGGCCUUUCCGGUUCUUAGAAGUGAUGGAAAAGACCAACAUUACUUUCCACGAGAAUUCCACUGUUUCUUAUAAUCGGACUAGGAGAUGGUACUUCCAGAAGGAUUAUUCACCGUACGAUUUGAAUACUCCGAUCACAUCUAUAAAUCCCGUAGUAGUUGCAGGAGGAUAUACUAUGAGACAUGAGAGCAUGUGGGUCAAGAAAUUAUUCUCCGUUGGUGUGAGGUCAAUAAUGGGACAAAUGGACGUCACACAAUCCGUUGGAAACUUGUUUUUCUAUGGGUAUGAUGAUCCACUCAUCAGUUUGGGAAAAUCAUUACCUUUUGUUAAAGCAAAAGUCCCACCGAUGGAUAAGUUCGGUUGGUUCUAUAAGAGAAAUGGAUCGAAUGUAUUUGAUGGCCGCUACAAUAUGGGAACUGGUAGAGGAAAAGCUUCUUUUGGUCAGCUAUACAAUUAUAACAAUGAUAAACAUUCACCAUUCUACGAAGGUGCUUGCGGUGAAUUUAGAGGUUCUGCUGGCGAGUUCUUCCCAGCUGGAUUGGGAAGAAAACCACUCGAACUUUUCAAUCCUGAAAUGUGCAGAACAAUUGUUUUAGACUUCGUUGAGGACCAAAGUAAAAAUAUGAUAGAUGGAUAUAAGUUCACGUUAGGAGAUCAUUUUUUUGAUAAUGGGACCAUAUAUCCAGAAAAUACGUGUUAUUGUACUGGCGAUUGCGUUCCUUAUGGCUUGAUGAAUGUAUCCUUAUGCAGGUAUGGAUCUCCUGGUUUUGUUUCACUACCUCAUUUCUACAAAGCCGAUCCUUACUACACAAAUCUCAUUGAUGGGAUGAAACCUAGUGAAAAACAUGACUUCUAUAUGAUAAUAGAACCAACAACUGGAUUACCUCUAGAAGUCUCCGCAAGACUUCAAAUCAACCUUCUUGUGAAGAAUAUUCCAGAUGUUGGGUUGAUGGAGAAUAGAGAGGAUGUGUUCUUUCCAAUAUUUUGGUUCGAACAAGUGGUGGAAAUCCCAACCAAAUACUCUUUAGCUCUGCUCUUCUUACUGAAUCUUAAGGGGAUCUGUUUGAUGGCAGGAUUGUUGAUGAUCUUCACUGGAAUCUUCAUGAUAUCAUUAACGAUUUAUCGAAUAUGUACCACACCGCUCUGGACUAGGGAAAAUAAACUAUACAGUAAAGAACUUGUACCUCUAAGCCAAGAUAAAAGGUGAUACGAGAAUAAUAUUAUAUUGAUGUACGAAACUAAUUUGUGAUAAGAAGUGUCUCUCAAAGUCUUUCAUAAAUGGUAAAUUUUUACUAUUUUAUUUUGAUGAAUGUUACCAUAUAAGGAAAAAUGUAAGGAAAUAAUUUCUUGUACGUGUACAAAUAAAUCAUUUAUAUUUUUAUGAAAAA